UAUGGGGCUAUAAAAGUAGUUAUCACUGUAAACCAGCCCUAGUCACUUAUAACUACACUGAUGGAGUAUACUACUCUGGAUAUUCACCGCAGCGAAAGUCAACGUGUAGUUUAUUUUCAAACCGUGUAUGUGUAUUGUGCAAGUCGGUAGAAAUAUAUACCAUGGCUCUUGACGAAUCCCACCACUUCAUGUUGAUCCCGGCUUUGUUUAUCCUAGCUGUGUUGGCCUUCCUUGAGAAGAGACAGCGACGUGUGGACAUCUGUAGGGGUAGACCAGGGCUCAUAGUUGCCAUCCCAUGGCUAGACAGCUAUGAGAACCGUUUCCCAUACUCUGUAAUCUUUGGUAUUGUGCUGGCUUUACUCCUGCAGCUGUUAAGUGAAACCAAGAACAUACCAUUUUAUGUCAUAGCUCUGUACCUUCAAGCCCAAGCCUUAGAAGUCUGUCUGCUGUGUUUUCCAUUCUUUGCCUGCAUCUCCAGCACCUACAGGGCGCUUGGUGCCGUCUUGUGUGUCGUCUACUCAAUUAUCUGGUCAUUUGUUUUCAUUGGGAAGCCUUUAAUCCAGAUGACAGAUGCUGAGUACAACAAUACAACAGCUCUCGUUAUUGUAACUGAAGUAUCGCCGCUACUGUGUCACGUGGCUUUGAUUGUGUACUGCUUGUACAUUGUGUACAGAUGUGUACACACAAAAAACUAUUACACAAAGAGACAAUUGGGGGACGCCAAACCCCACCAGAUGGCGCACGUGCAGUGGGUGUUACGUAAGUCAAAAGACAAGGCGGUGUUGUGUUAUGGGUCAGGGGAGACUUUCGUAUCACACAUGAGAAAGAGUAAACGACUUCGUCUAUUCACAAGUCUGCCAUUUUUUAAAUACCCCACAAAGAUCUGCGCACUGGCCUUCUUCCAGUUAUGUGUUAUAUAUCUGAUCACAUUAGUGUUUAUUUUUUUGAUUGUGAGUGUGAAUUCACCAUUUUUGAAUUUUCUAAGUGAACUUUUCCAAACGAAACUUUUUAAAGACCAAGAAAUCAUCCUGAAGUCAUCAAUGGCUGCAUCUUUAGUAGUAACAGACAUAAUUACGGUACUACAUAUCUUUAUGACACUUAGAAACUACAGAUACCACACACUAAAACUUUACCAAGGAGAAAUCCACAACUUGCAGCAACCCUAUAUCUCCACAACUGAGGCUCUGCAUCAAAACAUGCGCUUUGCAGGUAACCAGCUCGCCUUCAUGCUCUGGGGUAUGAUCCUAUUGUUUGUCAUCUUUACCUUGACCACAUUGGCCGUAGCAGAAAUUAUCUACUAUAUUAAAAAAAAGGACCUGUGGGCCGAGAAAGUAAAGCAAUUUUUCAUUGCUUUGUGUUUCCCAUUGACAAUGUUGGUGUUGAACUACAUCCAACGUUUUGUCUGUCGACGUUUUUUACUGCAGGGGAAAAUCAGUACCACAGACAAACAUUCACCUCUCAAUGUCAACAACAGAAAAUUUUACGAGCUGUUUCACUACUACAGCCUGUUUUCAAACUUUGGUAUCGGGCUGUUCAGCUGUUUGAGGAGAGUUCUGUGGUCAGCAGCACUGGGUGCCAUGUCUAUGGGGCGUCUAGACCGGAGCAUCUUCCCCAGAGAUAUGCUCAGCUACGACAGUGGAUACUUGGCGUAUGUCUCUAUGUUGUAUGUAGACAACGCCCACAACAAUCCCAGCAUGCGUGUCUUCAUUCAUCUCAUCAAUGUGAACAGGAAGUCAAGGUCACCAACUUCUGAGACAAGUCAGUUACCCCCUGUUCUAGCAUCUGAUGUUAGUCAGGAUGGAGCAACAGUUUGUGAAAUAUCAAGUGUCUCCCUUGAAGAAGACAAAAAAACACGACUAGCCAGGAUCAGAUGGUUUCUGGCCUACACCCUGUUCCACAACCCCCAGCUGAGAGGGUUAAGGAAAAACAAAUUGACAAAAUCUCUGCUGGUGACCAAUGGACUGACCCAGUUCCCUGAUACAUCGGCUGCUGCCAGAUAUAACUUACAAGAUCUGGGUGGGGAAAUAUCACAAGACACCAACUUGUCUGCUGUCUAGUGUAUAAAACAAAACUGUGACAAUGACUGACUGGAGGAUAAACAUUUUCAAAAAAUGAAACUAAAAAUUGUUACAUAAUUUUUUUACAAAACUAUUCCAAUUUUAAUUUGUUUUUACUUUUUAAAUUUAUAUACAUAAUUUACUUUUUUUUAGAAACCCAUGAUUAUGUUAUUUUACAACUAUAUAAAGCUAUGGGGAAGGCGUGGCCUAAGGGCAGCGCUAGACUUUAGCGUCUCGAGUUCGAAUCAGGGUUCAAGUCAAUAGCACGUCCCUGAGCGCACCCAGCACUAAUAGAUACCCAACUCACGCAGGGGAAAGUAAAUGCGGCAGGGAAUAGUGCCUAGAUCACAGAUACAGGUGAACUCUACUUCAUGGACCGUCAGGUUCGAAAAGUGAAUUUUCCUAUUUUAUACAGCUUCAUAUUUUAGGUUGAAAUAAAA